UAGAAUUCUUUUCAUUGAGUUUUGAAAUUAUUUUGUGUUCCAUUGGCAGUGUUGGAUCCUCAUCAAAUACGGUAGUUUCAGCCUGAAAGUAGUAAUUUAAAAGAAUGUCAAAAUCUAUUAUUACCUUGCACGCAAAUCUUCUCCCUGGGCACUUCACCAUCGCAACUUCGUAAAUGACUCCACAUCCACCUUCUCCAAGUUUUCUAAAUGCCUGGAAUAUUUGUUUUUAACUUAUUGAAUACAACUAUGUUUUUAUCCCAACUCACCAAAUAUUUUCGGUUUAUAACAGAUGCAACUUUGAUUUUUGGUCUAUUCGUCGUCAUUUUUUGAAUCUUCGGCAAAUCCGAGCAUAAAUUUUGAUAGAAAUGACUAACAAUUGUGGUGUCUUGGAGAGAAAACCAAAAAAUUCGAACUACUAGUGAAUGUAUUCUUCAGCUUUAAGUUCUGGAGAUCUACGGGAUUGUAGAAGAUAUGCAAGAGCUGUAAUUUCAGCAUCAUUCAUUGCAUCGUUAAGGCAUGUACAGACUCUGAAAAAUCUAGACCAAUCUGUGGAACAAGUCCGUCGAAAGUUGUCAAGACAAAAGCUUCCCAGUAAUGCUCCAAGUGACUCAUCUUCAUCGACAGCUACUACAACUCCGAGAAUAAAAGUUAUCACAAUACCAAAAGAACAUCGCCAGAAAACACUUGAGCAACCGAUUCGUCCCAAAAACUGGUCUCCGAUAACAGAUGGCAAGAGAGCAAUAAAUGCAAUGAUUGAUCAAAUGUGGAGUAUACCAUACGCGCCAUGUAAGUACGUCGUUCAAUUCAUUUGCACUGUCUCAUUGAAUAUGCUUCAAAGACACAAGUACUGUGUUAGAUGGCAAAAUGGUCGCCGAUCUGCAAUGUUUUAUGUGAAUAUUGAUGAAACAAGAUGGGACACUAAUGUUUGGGUCAGCUUUCCUGGGGAAACCAAAGCACAGCGACCACACUCAUCAUCUGCCAAUUUUCAACGCUUCCUGCAAAGAAAUCUCUUCUAA